GUCUCGCUCUGGCCAACAAAUAUCGAAAUUAAUUUAAAAAGAGAAAUAAAUAAAAAGAAUUUAGGAAACCACGAAGUAGCGCACGUUAACGAAUGUCACCCACUUUGUGCACGUUAGCAACCUGCGAUGCCACCUGCACCCUGUGUAUCUACGAUCACUCUCUCUUCCUCACCUUACCCUACGCACCCCACAUUCCUUUCCCUUUCCCGUGUCCUUUCAGGACUGCUCUAGGGUUAGGGCUUUAUUAUUCUUUUUAUCUCUCAAUCGACCAAUUCUCCAUGCUCUUCGGAGAGCUAGGGUUUCGUCUCCUACGGUCAGCUUUGGAGCCUAUUCGCGCCAACGCACAUGGACCACGGGAGGCAAUCGAAGGACUCACUCUGCUACUCCAAUCUCUUCAAUCUUGAGGUUUUUCGUAUAGUCUUUGAUGAACUUUCAACUUCCUCAACAAGAUGAUGAUUUUGAUUAUUAUGGAAAUAGUAGUCAGGACGAGAGCAGAGGUAGCCAAGGCGGGACAAUUAUGAAGCACGGUAAUGGGCCUAUGCGUGAAAGGGAAUCAAUAAAGAGAAGGAAGCGGUCUGAAAACAGUGACGACGAGGAUGAGGAAAGUUAUUAUGGGACACGUGUUACAGAGGACAGGUAUCGAUCAAUGCUUGGAGAACAUGUUCAGAAGUACAAGAGGAGGGUGAAGGAUUCCUCAGCAAGUCCUGCACCAACCAGGAUGGGAGUUCCACUUCCGAGGAGUAAUUUGGGCUCAAAAGCUAGGAAGCUGGGGAAUGAGCACCGAGGAGGAUUUAAUGAAGUGGAAACCAUAUCAGACUGGCUCAAUGAUAUUAAUCGUCAAAAACAAGAGAACUAUCAUGAAACAGAUUUUGCACCUCUCAAUGGCAGUGAAAGAACAACAUAUGAACCGGCUUUUUUAGAUAUUGGGGAUGGUAUCACAUAUAAGAUUCCUCCUACUUAUGAUAAGUCAGCAGCGUCACUGAACUUGCCAAGCUUCUCAGAUUUCCAGGUGGAGGAUUUUUACUUAAAGGGUACAUUGGAUUUGGGGUCCUUAGCAGCAAUGAUGGCUAAUAAUAAAAGGCUUGGACCUAGAAGCUGGGCAGGAAUGGGGGAGCCUCAGCUCCAGUAUGAAUCACUUCAUGCGAGAUUGAAGGCCUUGUCAGCUUCUAAAUUGCCCCACAAGUUCAGUCUCAAAGUAUCCGAUAUCGGGUUGCAUUCCUUCAUCCCAGAAGGGGCAGCUGGAAACAUAAAGCGUUCUAUUUUGUCAGAGGGUGGUGUUUUGCAGGUUUACUACGUGAAGGUUUUGGAGAAAGGAGACACAUAUGAGAUCAUUGAACGGGCUCUGCCCAAGAAGACAAAGCUAAAGAAAGACCCUUCUGUGAUUGAGGAGGAAGAAAAGGAGAAGAUUGGAAAAGUUUGGGUAAACAUUGUAAGAAGAGACAUACCGAAGCAUCAUAGGAUUUUUACAGCUUUACAUCGAAAGCAAUUAAUUGAUGCCAAGAGGUUCUCUGAGAACUGUCAAAGAGAGGUGAAAAUGAAGGUGAGUCGAUCGCUUAAACUGAUGAGGGGUGCUGCCAUUCGCACAAGGAAAUUAGCUAGAGAUAUGCUGCUGUAUUGGAAGCGAGUAGAUAAAGAGAUGGCAGAAGUAAGGAAAAGAGAGGAGAGAGAAGCUGCUGAAGCUUUGAGGCGUGAACAGGAGCUUCGAGAAGCAAAGAGACAACAACAAAGGCUCAAUUUUCUUAUUCAACAAACAGAACUUUACAGUCAUUUUAUGCAAAAAAAGUCAAAUUCACAGCCCUCUGAAGCUUUGCCUGUGGGAGGUGAAAAAUUAAACGACCAAGAAGUGGUUUUGAGCUCUUCAGAUGCGGAGCCUGAUGAGGAAGAAGACCUUGAGGAGGCUGAAUUGAAGAAGGAGGCUUUUAGAGCUGCUCAAGAUGCGGUCUCUAAGCAGAAAAAGUUAACAAGUACCUUUGAUAGUGAAUGCUCGAGGCUGCGACAAGCUGCUGAAUCUGAGGUUGCAGGAGCUAGUAACAUUGAUCUACAUAAUCCUUCCACCAUGCCUGUAACAUCGACAGUUCAGACACCCCGGAUGUUUAAAGGCUUCCUUAAAGAAUAUCAGCUAAAAGGUCUUCAGUGGCUGGUUAAUUGUUACGAGCAGGGAUUAAAUGGUAUACUUGCUGAUGAGAUGGGACUCGGAAAGACCAUUCAGGCCAUGGCGUUUUUGGCUCAUUUGGCUGAGGAGAAAAAUAUAUGGGGGCCUUUUUUGGUUGUUGCACCUGCUUCUGUGUUGAACAACUGGAAUGAUGAAGUUAGUCGUUUCUGCCCUGACAUGAAAACUCUUCCGUAUUGGGGUGGGCUUCAAGAUCGAACCAUUCUUAGGAAAAGGAUCAAACCUAAGGAUCUGUACCGCAGGGAAGCAGGAUUUCACAUUCUCAUCACCAGCUACCAGCUGCUAGUGUCUGAUGAGAAGUAUUUUCGGCGUGUGAAAUGGCAAUACAUGGUGUUAGAUGAAGCCCAGGCAAUUAAAAGUUCGAACAGUAUAAGAUGGAAGACACUUCUCAGUUUCAAUUGUCGGAACCGCUUGCUGCUAACGGGCACCCCCAUCCAGAAUAAUAUGGCGGAGUUGUGGGCCCUUUUACAUUUCAUUAUGCCCACCUUAUUUGACAGUCAUGAACAGUUCAAUGAGUGGUUUUCAAAAGGAAUCGAGAGCCAUGCUGAGCAUGGGGGAACUUUGAAUGAGCACCAGCUUAACAGAUUGCAUUCGAUUCUAAAGCCAUUUAUGCUGCGAAGAGUUAAAACAGAUGUGGUUUCUGAGUUGACUAGUAAAACCGAGGUUACAGUGCAUUGCAAAUUGAGUUCUCGGCAGCAAGCUUUUUAUCAAGCUAUUAAGAACAAGAUAUCUCUUGCUGAGUUGUUUGAUGGCCAUCGCGGGCAUCUUAAUGAGAAGAAAAUUCUAAAUUUGAUGAAUAUUGUCAUUCAGCUGAGAAAGGUGUGUAAUCAUCCAGAGUUGUUUGAGAGGAAUGAGGGAAGCACAUACCUCCACUUUGGGAAGAUCCCAAAUUCUCUUUUGCCCCCUCCCUUUGGGGAGUUGGAGGACAUACAUUAUGCAGGAGGUCACAAUCCUAUAACAUACAAGAUACCGAAACUAGUUCAUCUAGAAAGUGCCCAUGGUUCUGAAACUCUUUGCUUGGAAGUUGGGCAUGCUGUCUCCGGUGAAUCUUAUCAGAAACACUUUAAUAUGUUCUCCCCAGAAAAUGUUUAUCGAUCCAUAUUCCUGCAGGAGGAUAAUUUAAAUGGAUUGUCUGUUAGAAGUGGAACUUUUGGUUUUACACGUUUGAUGGACUUGUCGCCAUCGGAGGUUACAUUUUUGGCUAGUGGUUCUUUUAUGGAGCAACUUCUGUUUUCUGUAAUGAGAUGGGACCGAAAAUUCCUGGAUGGAAUCAUAGAUUUACUUAUGGAAACCAUGGAUGAUGACCCUGAAUGCAGUUACCUCAAGAAGGGGGAUAUGAGAGCUGUGACGCGGAUGUUAUUGAUGCCAUCAAGAUCUGAGAAUAACUUACUUCGAAGUAAAUAUGCUACGGGGCCUGCAGAUGCUCCAUUUGAGGCUUUAGUUAUCCCUCAUCAGGACAGGCUUUUAUAUAAUUCUAGGCUACUUCACUCAGCAUACACAUUUAUCCCGCGAAUUAGAGCUCCUCCAAUUGAUGCCCACUGCUCAGACAGAAACUUUGCUUACAAAAUGUCUGAAGAACUACAUGAUCCCUGGAUAAAAAGGUUAUUUACUGGGUUUGCACGGACGUCUGAAUUUAAUGGACCCAGAAAGCCUGAUGGUCGUCCUCAUAAUUUAAUUCAAGAGAUUGAUUCCGAAUUACCAGUUUCACAACCUGCUCUUCAGCUGACAUACAAGAUUUUUGGGUCUUCUCCCCCGAUACGAAGCUUUGACCCAGCAAAGUUACUCACCGACUCUGGGAAGCUUCAAACACUUGAUAUACUGUUGAAACGUCUCCGUGCCGAAAAUCAUCGAGUUCUCUUGUUUGCCCAAAUGACAAAGAUGCUGAAUAUUCUUGAGGACUACAUGAACUAUCGGAAAUAUAGAUAUCUUAGACUUGAUGGAUCCUCAACUAUAACUGAUCGACGAGACAUGGUCAGAGACUUCCAGCAUCGGAGUGAUAUUUUUGUCUUCUUAUUGAGUACAAGAGCUGGUGGACUGGGCAUUAACUUGACAGCUGCUGACACUGUCAUAUUUUAUGAAAGUGAUUGGAAUCCUACUUUGGAUUUACAAGCAAUGGAUAGAGCUCACCGGCUGGGUCAGACAAAAGAUGUUACUGUCUACCGACUUAUUUGUAAAGAGACAGUUGAAGAGAAGAUUCUUCAAAGAGCAAGUCAGAAAAAUACAGUGCAGCAGCUUGUUAUGAUGGGUGGUCAUGUUCAGGGUGAUCUCUUGGCUCCUGAGGAUGUUGUAUCUCUACUUUUGGAUGAUGCCCAGUUGGAGCAGAAAUUGAGAGAAAUUCCGUUGCAGGUUAAGGAUAGGCAAAAGAAAAAAAAUUCGACAAAGGGUAUACUGGUAGAUGCAGAAGGUGAUGCUUCUUUGGAAGAUCUAACAAACGUUGAAUCUCAGGGUACAGGAUAUGAGCCAUCUCCUGAUCCUGAGAGAGCAAAAUCUAGUAACAAAAAGAGAAAGGCUGCUUCAGACAAACAAGCACUGCCCAGGUCAAGGAAUUCUCAAAAGAUGACUUUAGCAAUGGACGAGGAGUUGGAUGAUUCCCUUCAAAAUCCUGAUCUGCAGGCACAGAGACCCAAGAGGCCUAAGAGGCCAACAAAGAGCGUAAAUGAAACUCUUGAACCAGCAUUUACUGGCACGCCCACGGGUGUUUCAGAGCAAACCCAUUAUCCAUCCAUGAGCGAGUUAGGUUCUGGUGUUUUCAGACCAGAAGCAGAGCAAGAUAUCUCGAAGCAUGGAGACUCGUUUCCAUGAUAUUUGGAAGUAAAGAGAGACUUCAUUAAUUGAUCAGGCCGUUGUUCUGUUCAAUUAGUAAUUACAAGGGUCCACCAGAGAUGCGGAAUUCUUUUUCCUGGUCCAUCCAUGGGUGCUAGAUAAUAGAAGCAACUGGAAAGCAAGUGGAGCCGAAUGAUGGUUUGUAUAUAUUGUGAGGAAUUAGUUCUACAUUCCCUUGCUGCGCGCACAAGCGGAUCAGUAUGUACAGAUGCGUUAUCCUCUCUCCUUCAUUAUUUUGGCUGCACAAACUACAUAUUCUUGAUUUUGCAAGUAAGCCUCAAUUGAAAAAUGUCGUAGGUUAGGAAAGUUAUUUCAAUGACAAAAUCUCAUACCCUUUCUUU